UAAACAUCCUCCUCUCACCCACCUUCUGGAUGGAGUCCAGAGGGCAGUCCAGGACAGAGCUGACCGUCCUGACCAGUUUGUUGAGUCUCCUUCUAUCCCUGCCUGUGCUUCCACAUCCCCAUCCUACACGGAACCUGAUGCCAUGCCUCCUGAUGACAUUUCCAAGGGGUUCCUGUGAGCACAGUGGAGACAUGAGGCAGCUCAAAGGCAAACCCAAGAAAGAAACAUCUAAGGACAAGAAGGAGCGGAAGCAGGCCAUGCAGGAAGCCCGACAGCAGGUGGCUACUGUGGUGCUGCCCACACUGGCUGUAGUGGUUCUGCUUAUUGUUGUUUUUGUCUAUGUGGCCACCAGGCCUGGUGCUAUAGUAGACAUUUAAGUUGUACUAGACAUGAACUCCAAAAACUGACCGGGGUUUGACAAAUGAACCGUGGCUAUACCCAAAGGAUUACCCUCACCAUGUGACAGCCAUCCCUCUGUAGGCCAAUAGCAGGUCUACAUUUGUCUUCAAGAAAGCCUCCUCCAAAGUAUGUGUGUUUGCAUUAAGCAGGAUUCCAGCAGCAAAAAAAGAAACUGUUGCUCCUUGAUGCCUUUAGAUGAGUGAGGACAUCAUUUUAGUGAAGCAAAUGGAUUCAUCUUGAUGUCUUACAAAAUUAUCCAAUAUCUUACAUACCAAAGGACUCACACAUAGCUUGUCAUGUUUGACCAGAGGUGUUAAAAACGUGUAAAUGGUCAACAGUUUUCCAAGCUGAUGCCAUAUUUGUCAAGUCAAUGCAACAUGAUCCUGGCUUCAGACAUGUACCACUCUUUGAGCAGAACUCACACCUACGGUAUCUGUAUACAUGAUGUGUGUAUGACAUUUGUGGCUGACUUCUGGAACAGCUGAAUCUUAAUGAAUGUUUUUGCAGAAUGUGUUAUCUCAAGUCUAGUAGGUUCAAGCACACUUGAAUUUCUCCUUUUUUCAUGCCAAUGUUGUCCUCUUUCUUUUCAUUACGUUAUUGACAACAACCACUGACCUUUGAGUGACUCAUUACAUCUCUGCUGAUAGAAUAAGGUGCCUUAACAGAUUUGAAACUGUUCUUACAGUUCAAUAAAAUAUAUUUAAUACAAAAACAACAACUUUGAGUUUGGUUAGUAUAUUUAAAUUAUUGAGUAUUGAAUCUUUUUCUGUACUUUUUCCUUGUAGUGCAGCCUGCCAGAAGUGUAUCAAAGGUCAAUAAAAACAUAGCAGAUACAA